UCUCUCUCUCUCUCUCUCUCUCUCUCUAAGCACUGAAUGAAAGGUGUGGAGGAGAAGCGCUAAUUACUCCGGGGGUCUCUUUCAGUCCGGUACUUUUCCUCUCUCGCGCGCUGUACAAACUCCUGCAGAUCUGAUCUACACCAGAGUGCACUGAUCAGACCUCCAGCGCGCGCCUCUAAUCAGAGUCAGGAAUAAGUUAGAAAUCUCCAAGAGAGAGAGAAGAAAAGAGAGAGAGAGAGGGAGGGAGAGAGAAGAGGAAGGAGAGAGAGAGAGGGAGGGAGAGAGAAGAGGAAAAAGAGGAAAAAGAGACUCGGAUCGGGAAGUCUAGAAAAUCUGAUAAAACAGCCAGAGAGAGAAAGUGUGUGUGUGUGUGUGUGUGUGUGUGUGUUCGUUCCUGUGUUCCAGCUUCCUGUACACAGGACAACAAUACAAGUUGUGAGAUGGCGGAUGAGGAUGUGGAGGCGAGUGCAGCGUUUCCUGUAGAGAGAGACGUGGUAGAUGAGGAUGGGGGUGAGGUGGAGAACCGGGAGCUGGGAUGCUGUGAGAAGUUCCACACACAUGUGUCCCGGUGGAUGCUGCCAGAGGACCUGCGAGAGACGUACCUGGAAAGAGCGAACUGCUGCCCACCCCCCAUCUUCAUCAUCCUCAUCAGCAUUGGAGAGUUGGCGGUUUUUGUUUAUUACGCCGUGUGGAAGCCUCAGAAGCAGUGGAUCACUCUGGAUGAUGGAAUCUGGAGAAGUCCUUUAACAUACAAACCUGAGGAUCGUGAGGAGGCGUGGCGUUUCCUCUCCUACAUGUUUGUACACGCCGGCGUUCAGCACAUCCUUGGAAACCUGAUUCUACAGCUGCUCCUCGGGAUCCCGUUAGAAUUGGUUCAUAAAGGGUUUGAGGUGGGGAUGGUGUACCUCGGCGGUGUUCUCGCAGGAUCGUUAGCGAGCUCUAUCUUUGACCCGUACAGUGCCCUGGUUGGGGCUUCAGGAGGAGUGUAUGCGCUGAUUGGAGGCUACUUCAUGAACGCUGUGGUGAACUUUAGAGAGAUGAUUCCUCUGCUCGGAGUUUUCCGUAUCAGCGUCAUCAUCAUUAUUGUGGGCACAGACGUGGGCUUCGCGCUGUACAGACGCUUCCUGAGUGGCGCUGCAGGAUUAAAGGUAUCAUUUGUAGCUCACAUCGGUGGAGGGAUCGCAGGAAUGACCAUUGGCUACGUUUUCUUCAGUAACUACAACCAGAAACUCUUGCGAGAUCCUCGUUUCUGGGUCUGCAUCGUGGGCUACAUCAUAUUCCUGCUGUUCGCCAUCAUCUUCAACAUCUUCCUGUCUCCUGCUCCUCGUUGAGAAACGAGUCGAGACGCAGGAGCAGCACCGUGUUGAGUCUUAAUCUCAUCCUGCUGUUUACAUCACCCACGUGUUUAACACUGAGCAAUCACACACUCACGUUUAGGACACGUCCUGACCUCCACGUUCCAGCCUCAUGUCUCCAUUUCACACAUACAAAAUGAAGAGUUUCAGUUUUAAAUGUUGUUUUUAGUUCCAAUAAAUUCUUCAUGUUACACAGCA